AUGGCCCCAGAACCCAUCGCCAUUAUCGGUAGCGCAUGCCGCUUCCCAGGUGACCUGUCCACGCCCUCUGACCUCUGGAACUUCCUCAAGAGCCCGCGUGACCUUCAGACAGAAAUACCCAAGGACCGCUUCAACGCCGACGCCUUCCACCACGCGGACGGCAGUCAUCACGGGCGCACCAACGCACGGCAAGGGUAUUUCUUGAACAACGUCAAGACGUUCGAUGCACAGUUCUUCAAUGUCCAGGCCGGCGAGGCCGAGAGCAUGGACCCGCAGCAGAGGCAGCUGCUGGAAGCCACAUACGACGCGCUGUGUGCGGCGGGUCAAACGCUGGGCGGGCUCAAGGGUUCUGACACCGCAGUCUACGUUGGUAUCAUGACGCACGAUUUCGAGCUCACCAAGGUCGGAGAUCUCGACGCCAUCCCCACCUACUUGGCGACUGGUGCCGCGACGAGCAUCGCGAGCAAUCGGUUGAGUUACUUCUUUGACUGGCAUGGGCCUAGUAUGACCAUCGACACGGCCUGCAGCUCGUCGCUGGUUGCAGUCCACCACGCCGUGCAGCAGUUGCGGUCCGGCACAAGCAGGGUCGCAGUGGCGGCGGGUGCGAACUUGAUGCUGUCACCAUUAAAUUUUAUUACGGAAAGCAAAUUGUCUAUGCUUUCACCUACAGGACGGUCACGCAUGUGGGAUGCCGGAGCAGAUGGAUAUGCAAGAGGAGAGGGAAUAGCGUGUGUUGUUCUCAAAACCCUCUCCCAGGCCUUGGCGGAUGGUGAUUCAAUCGAGGCCCUGAUCCGUGAAACAGGCGUCGGCCAGGACGGCCGCACCACCGGAAUCACCAUGCCGAGCAACGUGGCGCAGGCAUCACUCAUCAGGGCAACCUAUGCGCGGGCCGGGCUGGAUCUGAACAAGCCCGAAGGCCGGCCGCAGUUCUUUGAGGCCCAUGGAACUGGAACGCCCGCUGGUGAUCCGCAAGAAGCAGAGGCCAUUUCCAAAGCGUUCUUCUCCAACAGCGAGGAAGGGCAGGAUUUGUACGUCGGUUCCAUCAAGACGGUAAUCGGACAUACCGAGGGCACGGCGGGUAUUGCUGGGCUGCUGAAAUGCAGCCUUGCAGUGCAGAACGGCAUCGUGCCGCCCAACAUGCUCCUGGAGAAUCUCAGUCCGCGGGUUGAGCCGUUUACAAAGCACCUGAGAGUGCCGCAGCAAGCGACGCCGUGGCCGGCUGUUGCCGAGGGCCAGCCGAGGAGGGCGAGUGUGAAUUCUUUUGGAUUUGGUGGAACGAACGCGCAUGCCAUUGUGGAAGAAUACAAACCGCCCAUCACACUCAAACCCCUCACCACCACCACCUCCGCCAACGCCCUCCCGCUAGUAUUCUCUGCCCGCACCAAACGUUCACUAAAGUUGAGCUUGGAGAAGUUCCUGUCCCUCGCGAAAGCAGACCCAUCACUCAACAUUACAGACGUAGCCUACACCCUGCUGCAAAAACGCUCCGUUCUCCCGCUGCGUCACGCCAUCGCCGCAGCUGACCUCACCACCCUCGUCGGCGCCAUACAGGAGGCGCUCAAGGGGGAAAUCGGGGUCGACUACACGCCAAAGAACCCCACCGCUCGCAUCCUCGGCGUCUUCACCGGCCAGGGCGCCCAGUGGCCCGCCAUGAUGAAGGAGCUGGUCGUGCGUGUACCGUUCGCGGCCCGCAUCGUGGCCGAGCUGGACGUCAGCCUGCAGACGCUGCCGAAGCAGUACCGCCCCGGCUGGACGCUGAUGGAGCAGCUGAUGCGGGAGGGAGACGAGUCAAACGUCCGGCUGGCGGCGUACUCCCAGCCGCUCUGCGCCGCCGUGCAAAUCGUCCUGGUGCAACUGCUCGCGGCGGCCGGCAUCAACUUUGACGCCAUCGUCGGCCACAGCUCGGGCGAGAUCGGCUGCGCGUUCGCUGCGGGCUUCAUCUCUGCCACCCAGGCCAUCCGCAUCGCCUACCUGCGUGGCUUUACCAGCACCCACGCGUCCAGCCCGACCGGCCAGGCCGGCGCCAUGUUGGCAGCGGGGAUGUCUUUGGAUGACGCCAGGGAUCUGGUCGAGUUGGAGGAUUUCCAGGGCAGGGUUUGCAUCGCCGCGUGCAACUCCCCGGACAGCGUGACUCUCUCGGGCGACGUGGACGCGCUCGAGGAAGUCGUCGAGAUCCUGCAGGACGAGGGCAAGUUCGCGAGGCUGCUGCGCGUCGACAAGGCCUACCACUCCCACCACAUGCUCCCCUGUUCGGAACCGUACACGGCCGCCCUGGAAGAGUGCGGCUGUGCGACGCCGGACGGCAGGGGCAACGGCGUGAAAUGGUACUCCUCCGUGCGUCAGGGGACGACCAUGGCGUUGGAAGACGUCACGGCGCAGUACUGGUCCGACAACCUGGUGUCGCCGGUGCUUUUCUGCCAGGCGCUGGAGCAGGCCGGGCUCGAGAACAAGCUCGACGCCGCGAUCGAGGUUGGCCCGCACCCGACGCUCAAGGCCCCCGCGACCAACACUCUCGCGGCGGUCGGGGCCGAGGACAUCCCUUACACCGGAUGUCUGCAGCGAGGCGGGGACGACGUCGCUGCGUUCGGCACGUGCCUUGGCUACCUGUGGGAACGCUUCGGCGCUCAGGGUAUCGUCGAUGGCGCGAAAUUCGUCGAGAAGGUGCGCGGCACCAAGCCCGUCGACGUGUCCAAACGUCUCCCGACUUACAGUUGGGACCAUUCGCGGGUGUAUUGGUCCGAAUCCCGGGCUACGCAGGCGGCGCUGCAUGGACCUCGGCCGCAUCUUCUACUCGGUACGUUGUUGCCCAGCAGCACAACGACCAGGUUGCAAUGGCGCAACUUUUUCCGCCCGCGGGAUCACGAAUGGAUGCAGGGGCACGAGCUGCAGGGCCAGGCCGUGUUCCCCGCUGCCGGCUACGUGAUUCUCGCCAUGGAGGGUGCGCUUCAUGUCGCCGGGGACAAGCCCGUCGGGAUGGUGGAGAUGUUGGAUUUGACCAUUGACAAAGCGGUCACGUUUGACGACGCCGACGACAUGGCCGAGUUGACUCUCACCGCAAACGUCACCUCCACCACCGCCGAACGGGUUCAAGUGGAGUUCGGGAUCGCAUCUUGCCUUUCCCGUGAGACAAGCCUGUCUCUCUCCGCCCAAGGCAAGAUGGUUAUAACCUUUGGCGAUGCCGUCUCUCUCCCCGCCCCGGGCCCAUCGCCGCCCCAUGCCAACCCGGUCGACAUCAAGCUCUUUUACAAGGAGCUGGACGCGGUCGGCUACAGUUACAGCGGCAACUACCGCUGUGUGUACAGCAUGGCGCGCAGCACGGCCCGGGCCUCUGGCCAAAUGGCCCACCCGCGGCUGGUGGAUGGUCCGAAUGCUAUGGUGUUGCAUCCGGCCAAUUUGGACCUGGCGUUCCAGACCGUCAUGGGCGCCUACUCGUCCCCCGGCGACAAGCGCCUGCGCUCCAUAUACGUGCCGGUAAGGGUCGGGAGGAUCGCGCUGGUGCCCAAGGUGUGUGCGGAUACGCUGGACGGGCUCGAGGGCGUGCGGUACAACGCCUUGAACACGUACGAUGGAGGCGAUCUCCUCUCGGGCGACAUCGAGGUCUUCGACAAGGACAGCGGUGCCGUCCUGUACACGGUCGAAGACAUGCUCCUCAAGCCGCUGUCGCAGCCUUCGGGCGCCGAGGAGCACCGGCCCUUCACCAAGACGGUCUGGGGUCCGUUGGAUGCGGACAGGAUCCUCGACAUCGAGAGGCUCUGGGCCACCGAGCAGGACAAGCACGUCAUCCCCAUCAUCGAGCGCUGCGUCUACUACUUUGUGCGCAAGUUCUUGGGCGAAUGCACCGAGGAGGACCGCAAGAACGCCAGCCUGGGCAACCAGCGAUACAUCGCCUGGCAUGAACACGUGGUCAAGAUUGCGCGCGAGGGCAAGCACCUCUUUUACAAGCCGGAGUGGGAGGAGGAUACCGAGGAAGUUAUUGACAAGCUUCUCGAGGAGAACUGGUAUCAUCCUCACUUGCGAUUGGCCAAACUGGUCAGCGAAAACUGCCUGUCGACGAUCCGCGAGAACAAGAACCCCUUCAUCUGGAUGGAUGAAAACGGCUUGUUGACUGAAUUCUACACGAGCUACCUGACCAGUGGUCCGACAUGGGAGUACGGACAGCAUUUGAUUGAGCAAAUUGGGCACCGGUUCCAGAACAUGGACAUUCUCGAAAUUGGUGCUGGAACCGGAUCUGCCACCAAGUCCAUCCUGGCCAUCCCAGAACUCGGCUUCAACAGCUACACCUUCACCGACAUAUCUGCCGCCUUCUUCGAAAAGGCCAAGGAAAAGUUUGCUCCUUUCCUCGACCGCAUGGAGUUCCGCAAGUUGGACAUCACGAAACCCCCUGCCGAACAAGGUUUCAGAACGCACGCCUACGACCUGAUCGUCGCUUCGUCCGUGCUGCACGCCACCCCCAGCCUGACCGAGACCAUGGCCAACGCGCGCACGCUGCUCAAGCCCGGCGGUCACGUAGUCAUCUGCGAGGCCACCAACAAGGACCACAUGCGCGUCGGGUACCUGUUUGGGUCGUUUGCCGACUGGUGGGCUGGUUACGAUGAAGGCCGGACGUUGGACCCCUUCGCCACGCGGGAGGAGUGGGACGCCAUCUUCAAAAAGACGGGCUUUAGCGGCAUCGACAGCAUCACCACGGACCGCGAGACCCAUCUGUUCCCCAACACCCUCCUCAGCACGCACGCCAUCACCCCCGAGCAGCUACGUCUGGACGCACCGCUUUCCGCGCCCGUCAAGCCACAGCACCCCGAGCUGGUCGUGGUCGGUGGCGGGGACAAGUCGGCCCCGAUCCUCGCUCGGAUCCGCGAGCUGCUGCCGCACCGUGCACCCGUCGUCGUGCCCAGCCUCGACGGCUUGCCCAAGUCGCAAUCCAAGGCGACCUAUGUGGUCCUGUCCGAAGUCGACGCUCCUGUCUUUGACGGCCUGAACGACGCCAAGCUGGCCGGUCUCAAGCAGCUGUUCUUCAACUCCUCCUCCUCCUCUGUGCUCUGGCUGACCGAGGACGCGUGGGUGACAAACCCCGUCCAGGCCAUGGGCAUCGGAACGCUGCGGACGGUGCGACUUGAGAACCCAGACGUGCAUUUCCAGUCGCUCGACGUGGACAACCUGGCCGAGCUGGACUGCAGGUUCCUCGUGGAGCAGAUCCUUCGACUCGAGGAGGGCGUCCCUGAGAACUCGCUUUGGACGCUCGAGCCCGAGAUCUGCGUCGUCAAGGGCCGCCCUUACAUCCCGCGCAUCAAGCAGGACAUGGCGAGGAACAACCGGCUGAACUCGACGCGCCGGCCUAUACUCGAAGAUGUUGACGUCACUGCCGUCCCCGUCGUGCUCCGCGACAGGGAGCUGGUCACGGCCAAGACCUCCCGCCCGCUCGGAGUGGCCCUGGACAGCACGCAGGUCACGGUGCAGGUACACCACUCGACCGCCCAGGCGAUCCGGGUGUGUGGACUGGGGUACUUCCACGUCGUCACCGGAACGACGGCCGAGGGAACCGUGCUCGCCCUCUCGGGAUCCAACGCUUCCAUCGUCACCGUACCCGCCAAGCAUACAUUCCCUGCAAAGGACACCUCCGCCGCGACCCUGUCGUCAGCAGUGGCGGGGCUCGUCGCCCAGACCAUUGUCGACACGCCGCAGGGCUCGUCCGUGCUGGUCUACGCGGCGCCGGGCAGCUGCGUCGAUGCCAUCAGGCAGGUCGCCGAGGCCAGGUCGGUGGCCGUGCACUUUGCCGGUACGGAUUCUUCCGUCCCCGGCAGCAUCUUGCUCAACCCGUGGGAUACGACCCGCGCAGUGAAGGAGAAGCUCCCGGCCGGCAUCGCCUCGCUGUACGACCUGUCUGCCGACACGACUGCCAACGCCCUGGGGCAGCGCCUCGUCAAGAUCACCGGCUGCGCGGCCCGGGACGUCAACUACGUCGCCCGUGACACCGCCAGCACCGCCGCCUUCACCGAGUCUCUGGAAGCGGCUCAGCUGCAGCUCGUUGCCGGAUGCAUCGCCGCGGCGCCUCCCGUCGUCUCAUGCACCGCUACCAGUCCCACCGACGUCGUCAACCGCACCCUCGACGCGGUCGUUGAUUGGCAGGCCGCACCCAAAGUUCCGGCACGGGUCAGCCCUGUGGAUAACAGCAGGCUGUUUGUGGACAACAAGACGUACCUGCUGGUCGGCCUGUCGCAGUCCAUGGGUCGCAGCAUUGCGAGCUGGAUCAUCAAGCACGGCGGGCGGCACGUGGUUCUCUCCAGCCGAAACCCCGAGACCCCUGAAGCUGAGUGGCUGAAGGAAAUGACCCGGCUGGGCGGGCAGAUUAGCGUUCUCUCCAUGGAUGCAUCAAGCGCCGAAUCCGUGGACGCGGGCCUGGCUAAGCUGAAAGACGAUUACAAACUGCCACCCGUUGGAGGUAUCGCGUACGGGCCGCUGGUGCUCAGAGACGCACUGCUCAACAACAUGGACCUGGACACCAUGCAAGUUGUGCUCAAGUCCAAGGUUCCCGGGGCCAAGAUCUUCCACGACCGGUUCAACGACCCAGAGAACAACCCGCUGGACUUUUUCGUCAUGUUCUCCAGUGCUGCUUUGUUUGGUGGAAACCCAGGCCAGGUCAACUACACUGCAGCGAAUGCAUACCUGCAGUCACUCGGACAAUACAGGCGAAGCAAGGGUCUUGCAGCCUCUACAAUCCACAUCGGCGCGGUCAUGGGCAUCGGCUAUCUGACUCGCAACGCAAGAGAAGCCGAGUUCCAGGAAAAGUCCGACGUGGACACCCUCGGUGAAGCUGAGUUCUUGAGCCUGUUUGCAGAGGCCGUCGUUUCGGGCCGCAAGGUCGACGGCGUCGACGGCGUUUCCGCCAAGACGGUCAUCGACAUGUCCGAGAUCGAAAUUGGUAGCGGCAUCCCCGCCUUUGAGUCCCGCCACAAGGAAACCAUCAAGUUCUACAACGACCCGCGGUUCGGCAACCUCAAGACGCCAGAGAAGAGAGGCGAUGUCGCGGAGGCUGGUGGGAGCAGGCUGAGCGUGAAGGAGAUGGUCGCUGCUGCCACGACCAUGGAGGAGGUUCAGGCUAUCAUCAGCGAAUCCCUGUCCGAGAAAAUGCGCGGCGUGCUUCACAUUCCGCCCGAGGAAAGCGUCAACGCAUCUGCGCCGUUGCUUGAUCAGGGCAUCGACUCGCUGGGUGCUAUCACCGUGGCUUCUUGGUUCUCCAAACAACUUCUUGUCGAGAUCCCUAUCCUACGUAUCUUGUCCGGUGCCUCGAUCGAGGAGCUCGCAGCCGAGGGCGCGUCACGCCUGCCGCCCGCCGCCAUCCCUCUCGUCGCAGAUGCGCAGGGUCCCGCCUCCCCAACCGAGACCGACUCCUCGUCAGAGGACCCUUUGUCGGGUGCCAUGACGCCGCUGACUCCCAUGGUCGUGACGGAAAAGGCCGAAAAGAUUCUCGACGGCGUGCUGCGCCGCGCGCCCAUGUCGCUGGUGCAGGAGUACAGCUACAAGCGCCAGCUCGCCCUGGCCGACGUCACCAUCUCCCACAACACCAUCGGCGUCGUCAUGGAGGGCACUCUGGACCCGGCCAAGCUCUCCGCCGCCGUCGACGCCGCCAUCCAGAGGCACGAGAUCUUCCGCACCGCGUUCAAGACCGUCGACGGCGAGGGAAGCCCGCUGCUGCACGUCCUCGCCGCGCCCAGCUGGGGCCUGCGCACCCAGCCCGUGGCGUCCCGCGCCGAGGCGGAGGCCGCGCUCGCCGCCCUGCAGAAAGAACCCUACGACCUGACGGGCGGUGAGACCUUCAAGAUCGCGCUCUUCACCUGGUCGCCGACGUCGCACCUGUUGGUCUUUGCCUACCACCGUCUGGCCGGCGACGGCUCCACGACCGAGAACUUGGUCGCGGAGCUGGCGCAGCUUUACGGCGGCGCCUCGCUGCCUCCCGCGCCGCAGUACACCGACUUUGCGAUCAGAGAGCGCAAGUCGUUCGCCUCGGGCGGCAUGGACGCCGACGUCGCCUACUGGACGGCACUGUACACGCCCGUGCCUGCGCCGCUGUCGCUGCUCCCGCUGCCGGGAGUCAGAAGCGCUCGUUCCCCGGUCGCCUGGGACCAACACACGGCCAUGACGCGCCUGUCGCCCGUCAUGGCGUACCGAAUCAAGGAGCGCACCAAGAAGCUGCGCACCACGCCCAUGAACUUUUACCUGGCCGCCUACGCCACGCUGCUCUCCGAGCUCGGCGCGCAGGAGUCCGUGUCGGUCGGCCUGGCGGACACGAACCGGUCGUCGGUGGCGGACCUGUCGACCAUGGGAUACUUUGCCAACCUGCUGCCGCUGCGCCUGACGCCGUCGGCAGCCUUCGCCGCCACCGUCGACGCGACCAAGGAAUCGGUGCGGCAGGCCAUGGCGCACUCGGCCGUGCCGCACGACCUGCUGACCGCUCGGCUCGGGCUGGCCGUCCCGCCCGCCGAGGUGACGUGCGCGCCGCUGUUCCAGGCCGUGUUCGACUACCGCCAGGGCGCGGCCGAGUCGGGCGUCAUCGGCGCCGCUAGCAUCACCGAGGUCAUUGCCAGCCGCGAGCGGACGCCGUAUGACGUCGUGCUCGAGAUGAGCGACGACCCGACCAGGGAGCCGCUCAUCACGGUCAAGCUGCAGAAGUCCAUCUACCAGGAGGGAGAUGCCGAGGUGCUUAUGGAGCGCUACCUGGAGGCCUUGAAGGCUUUUAGUGACGGUGAUGUUCGCGUUUAG